AUGGCUUCAAACGACUAUACUCAACAAGCAACCCAAAGCUACGGGGCUUAUCCCACCCAACCUGGGCAGGGCUACUCCCAGCAGAGCAGUCAGCCCUAUGGACAGAGUUACAGUGGUUAUGGCCAGUCAUCUGACACUUCAGGCUAUGGACAGAGCAGCUAUGGUUCUUAUGGACAAACCCAGAGCACAGGCUAUGGCACCCAGUCAGCUCCCCAGGGAUAUGGCUCAGCUGGUGGUUAUGGCAGUAGCCAGAGCUCCCAAUCAUCUUAUGGACAACAGUCUUCCUAUCCUGGCUAUGGCCAGCAGCCAACUCCCAGCAGUACCUCGGGAAGCUAUGGAAGCAGUUCUCAGAGCAGCAACUACGGGCAGCCCCAGAGUGGGGGCUAUGGCCAGCAGUCUGGCUAUGGACAGCAGCAAAGCUCCUAUAACCCCCCUCAGGGCUAUGGACAGCAGAGCCAGUACAACAGCAGUGGGGGUGGUGGAGGAGCUGGAGGUAACUAUGGCCAAGACCAGUCCUCCAUGAGUGGUAGUGGAGGUGGCGGCGGUUAUGGCAGUCAGGACCAGGGUGGCGGAGGCUACGGUGGCCAGCAGGACCGUGGGGGCCGGGGCCGUGGUGGUGGAGGAGGAGGCGGCGGUGGCGGCGGCGGCGGCGGCGGCGGCUAUAACCGCAGCAGUGGGGGCUAUGAGCCCAGAGGUCGUGGAGGUGGCCGCGGAGGCAGAGGUGGCAUGGGCGGAAGUGACCGUGGUGGCUUCAAUAAAUUUGGUGGCCCUCGGGACCAAGGAUCACGUCAUGACUCUGAACAGGAUAAUUCAGACAACAACACCAUCUUUGUGCAAGGCCUGGGCGAGAACGUUACAAUUGAGUCAGUGGCUGAUUACUUCAAGCAGAUUGGUAUUAUUAAGACAAAUAAGAAAACAGGGCAGCCCAUGAUUAAUCUGUACACAGACAGGGAAACUGGCAAGCUGAAAGGAGAGGCAACGGUCUCAUUUGAUGACCCACCUUCUGCUAAAGCAGCUAUUGAUUGGUUUGAUGGUAAAGAAUUCUCUGGGAAUCCCAUCAAGGUCUCCUUUGCUACACGGCGAGCAGACUUCAAUCGGGGUGGUGGCAAUGGACGUGGAGGCCGAGGGCGGGGAGGACCCAUGGGCCGAGGGGGCUAUGGAGGUGGUGGCGGUGGUGGCAGCGGCCGAGGAGGAUUCCCCAGUGGAGGCGGUGGUGGUGGUGGACAGCAGCGAGCUGGGGAUUGGAAGUGCCCUAAUCCUACUUGUGAGAACAUGAACUUCUCUUGGAGGAAUGAAUGCAACCAGUGUAAGGCCCCCAAACCAGAUGGCCCAGGAGGGGGACCAGGAGGCUCUCACAUGGGGGGCAACUAUGGAGAUGACCGAAGAGGUGGUCGAGGAGGCUAUGAUCGGGGCGGCUACCGAGGCCGUGGCGGGGACCGUGGGGGCUUCCGAGGGGGCCGGGGUGGUGGGGACAGAGGUGGUUUUGGCCCUGGCAAGAUGGACUCCAGGGGUGAGCACAGACAGGAUCGCAGGGAGAGGCCGUAUUAG